ACUAGGCUACUUGUUUUUUUAUUUUAUUUUAUUAUUUUCUUUAUUUUAUUACGUAUGGAAGUAAAAUCUGAAAGAAGUUUGAUAUAAAACUUUUGUUCACGUCAUCUGACACUGCUACUUGUAUUGUUUUCAGAACAAUUUAUCGACACUGUUUUCGCUUUUGCGGAGAGACGGACAUUAUCGAAAGGACGUUUGUCCGUGAUCUAUGAAAUACCAUGGCCAAAGAAAAAGAAAAAAAUAGGAACUCAUCGGAGCGCAGGAAGGAGAAGUCCCGGGAUGCGGCGCGGUGUCGGCGCGGUAAGGAGACGGAGGUGUUCUAUGAGCUGGCGCGCAAGCUGCCCCUCCCUCACAGCGUCUCCACCCACCUGGACAAGGCCUCCAUCAUGAGGCUCACCAUCAGCUUCAUGCGCAUGUGCAGGGUCAUCCGCCCAGGUCAAGCUGGCAGAGAGAAAGAGGAGGACAGGCAGAUGAGUAGUUUCUGCCUAAAAUCUCUGGAAGGUUUUGUUGCCAUGGUCACAUCAGACGGGGACAUGAUCUACUUGUCCGAGAAUAUCAAUAGAAUCAUAGGCCUGCCGCAGAUGGAGCUGAUGGGUCACAGCAUCUUUGACUUCACCCAUCCUUGUGACCACGAGGAGAUCCGUGACAACCUCAGCCUCAAAUCAGCAGUCAUUGGAAAGAAGAGCAGGAAAACCAACACGGAGCGUGACUUCUUCAUGAGGAUGAAGUGCACUGUGACGAAUCAGGGACGCACCGUCAACCUGAAAUCUGCCAACUGGAAGGUCUUGCACUGCACCGGACACCUGCGAGAGUACAGUGCCGCCCCCUCAUACACGCUGUGUGGAUUCAGAGAGCUUCCUCUCACCUGUAUGGUCAUGCUGUGUGAGCCCAUCCCCCACCCCUCCAACACUGACCUGCCCCUCAACAGCAAGGCCUCAGCCCUCGCCAGCAAAGCCCUACCCAUUGACUGCAAUGCUCCGCCGCUUGACAGCAAGACGUUCCUGAGCCGUCAUAGUAUGGACAUGAAGUUCACUUACUGUGAUGAGCGCAUCACAGAACUGAUGGGGUAUGGUCCUGAAGACCUUCUGGGGCGGUCUGUCUAUGAGUUCUACCAUGCCCUGGAUUCUGACUGCCUGACCAGGAGCCACCACAACUUGUGCACCAAAGGCCAGGCAGUGAGCGGGCAGUACCGGAUGCUGGCGAAGCACGGAGGAUACGUGUGGAUGAAAACCCAGGGCACAGUCAUAUACAACAACCGAAAUUCCCGGCCCCAGUGCAUCAUGUGCGUCAACUAUGUCCUGAGUGGUGUUGAGGAGGAGACAGCGGUGUUCUCUCUGGACCAAAUGGAGUCUCUGUUUAAGCCCUGCUCUGCUCUGAGCAGUUUCUGCAGGCAAGGUGAGGUGGGUGUGGUGGGUGACGAUGCCCUCUUCACCAAACUGAAAGAGGAGCCCGAGGAGCUGGCCCAACUCGCCCCGAUGCCUAGGCACACCAUCAUCGCCCUCGAUUUAGGACAGCCCCAAUUCAAGGAUCCUCCUGCCAGCCAAUCAUGGGGCAAUAAGGUCCCCGAACACAUUCCUACCAGCAAAAUGUUUGACGUUGCUGCCACCUUCUCAGUGCACCCACCGCCACCCCAGGAGAGGACCACGCCCAUUUCCAUAUCAAGUGCUGCUCCCUGCCUGAACAGCAGAAGCAGCUGCUCCACACCCAUCAUUCCUGGGGACUACUACAGGUCUGGGAACAGCGCCCCAAGGGACGAGCUGAUUGAGAAUCUGUUUUCCCUGGAUCCUGAGGCCUGUACCCAGAUGGACCUGUGUGAUCUGGACCUGGAAACCCUGGCCCCCUACAUCCCCAUGGAUGGAGAGGACUUCCAGCUGCUCCCCAUCUGCCAGAAGGAGGCUCCGCCCACAGUAGUCCCUGCCCACGCCCAGGCCCAGGGAAGCCUCCACAACAUGGCCAGCCUGCUCCAGCCGCUGGAUCCCCCCACUCCUGCCCAUGCCACCCACUUCCCCAUUCUGUGCCCUGGGGGGAAAUCACAGCUGAGCUCCUCCUCCCUGGAGCCUCACACCAGCCUGCCUUACCUGGGCACCCCCUACUGUGGCCCAACUAGCAUCUCUACUGUGGGUCAGAAUCAGUACCUCCCAUGGCCACCUGACUCCCCACAACAGGACCCACAAAAUGCAAGCAGUCUUACGGAUGCAAGGCAUUUCCCCAAUGGAUAUCUCCACAAGCAGAGGUUCCUGGAGAGCUGUGUCCAGGCCUUCAGAGACCCGAGUCUAGCCCCAGAUGUUCUUCUCCACAGCCUUAAGCGCAAGAGAAAAUGUGAAAAUCAGAGUGUUUUCCCUCUCAUGUCUCAGGUGAAGCCCCACAGUGAGUGCACACAGACAGUGUGGAAAAGGAUGAAGAGCAGGAUAAAUGAUGGCUACGCCUUCCCUGAGAAGAAAUCCCUGCCCAUCAACGCACUUUCAGAUCCCUUUUCAGUCUUUCAAGAUAGGGAAGACUUGCCCUUUGGCCUGAUACAAAGACUCCAUGAGCCUCCAUGCUCUGAAGACAGACCAGAAGUGCCCGAACUGCCCUGCCCAGAACCACUGUAUGCACUCAACUACAGAGACUGCAGCAAGCUGCCAUCCCCCAAAAUGGGAGGGGUGGCGAGUUGUCUGCUGGCGCCCUCCUUCGAGUCGCGUUCCCUGCCCGAGCUAACGGGCUACGACUGCGAGGUCAACGCGCCGCUGCAGGGCAGCUUGGAUCUCCUGCGCGGGUGCGAGCUGCUCAGAGCUCUGGACCGAGCCACCUAGAGUCCGGCCAUUUUCCCCCGACUCCACACCCUGCUGUCCUCACAUGCCUGUAUCCUGAAGAGAGCAGCUUCACUUCUGUUACAGUCACGUAUCUAAUCAUCUGCAGUAUAUUUCUUCAAUUGGAAUGUGUCAUAAAAAGAUGAGAUGUUACCAAUACUGCUGUAUUUCCUGUACUUGAACAUGACCACUGUGAGGCCUUUUGCUCUCUCUCUCUCUCUCUCUCUCUCUCUUCUUUCCUCCAUUUUUGUAAGGUAACUCAUAGAUAGUAUGUAUUUUAUCUUACUGUGAAGAUAUUGGAAUAUAUCUAUUUUAAGCAAAGAUUUUUAUUUUUUUUCUUUCCACUGGAAAAAGUUGACUUUUUCCCCUAACUCCUUUAUGUCUUCGAGUUCUCUGUACCCAUUCCUGUUGAUGCAUUCAUGCUGUAAUCUUCAUAUUGAUUUAUAGACAUGUGUUUUUAUGUACCAUGUGCCUUGGCAAGAUCUUUACAAUUUUAUAGGUCCCUCUGAAGCACUUAGGUUUUUUAGAUAUUAGUAGAUGCCCCGUUUAGUUUGAGCCAUCCUUAUAUUUUCUCACCUGUGACCUACAAGGGUUCAAAGGUCAUAUCCCAGUGAAAGGUCAUAGCCCUCCCCCAAUAUCUUUCUUCUGUCUCUAUUUUUAUCUCUUUAUUGCACUGUAUUUUAUUGCAACAUUUUGAGUCUGCGUGUGCUGGUCACUAUAAACCUGUUUCAGAUUUGUAAUGUAUUCACAGAAGUAGCCUCUAAGGCUGACCCUGGGAUCUAUGAUAAUAUUUUACUGCUAAUCACUCUCAUGGUACUUUGUCCCAUGUGCCUAACAGCAGAUUUAAUAUUGAAAAUUUUUGCUUUUUGUUUCUCUAAUGAUGGUUAUUUUUGUGUACUGUUUUUUUGUUUGUUUGCUAGUUGUUAGGUGUACUCAUUUCUUUAUUGGGCCAGUACUAUUUAUGUGCUGGAAAUUUAAAAAAAUAUAUAAUACUUGAGUAAGGAAACAAAAAUGACAAAUAUAUUGUUUGUGUUCCAUUUUAAAUAUGUAACCAUUUCAUUGGAGGAUGCUUAGUUAUCAUAGUCAUCUUAAUUUGUCUCUGAUAGUGUUUCAGGCAUUACUGCCAAUCAUCUGCAGCUUCCCAUGAAGUAAUUAUUUUGGCCUUAAAUCAUGAACAUCACUUCCCUCCCGGACACACACACACACACACACACAUACAUAUGCACUUGUGAAUACACAUACAAUUGUUCAGAGAAUUCAGAAUGUUCCCUACAGGGAAUUCUGUAGCAUUCUGUAGCUUCAUUAAUGUAAUUACUUUUCUAGACUGGAGACCUUGGAGAGCUAAAGUAUUGUUGUCUUUAGUAGAUUAAAUGCUUGUACAUACCAGAGGAUAUGUAGAAGAUGCAGAGAUUUAUGGGAUGCCUUGUUCCUGUUUGUUAAAGGACAGUGGAGCCAUUUGAACAGUAUGGUGAUUGGUCCACAGUACAUCUUAUUGAGCAAGCUCAUUAUGAAGAGAAACUUUGUAAACACUGCUUAUUUUCAAUGUAUUUAACAGAUUUUGUCAAACUUUCAAGAAAACUGUCAAUAACUUUACUAAAUGUAUUUUACUUGUCAUGCUGUCUGAUUUUAAUGACAUUUGAAGCCUUACUGUUCUAUCUUCUGAUAAUAUGAACAUGUUUUAGUAUGGUAAACUUCCAAAUAUGUGAAUUAAUAUAAGGGUUUUUACUGAAUGUGAACUUUAACCCAGUAAGAAACUAUAUGGCUGAUAUCUGAUAUUAAACCAUUGCUGAAUGAA